AUGGAGAGUAUCCUAGUGCAAGUUGCCAAUGAGGCUCCUCAGUCAAUCGCUGUGAUUGAAGAUGAUCGUGAAAUCAGCUACGAAAACCUUAUCAAAAAAGCGGAUCUCCUAGUCCAGGCUCUUAAAGCGCAGGAUUUCGCAAAUGAAGAGCCUGUUUGUGUUUUCCUUCAUCCGGGAAUACAGCAGAGUAUUUCACAAGUCGCCAUCUUGCGAGCUGGAGGAACCGUCGUGCCUAUUCAUCCGGACAUGCCCGCAAAGCGUGUCUCGGAUAUGCUUCGUGAUAUUGACCUUCAUCUUGUGGUCACUAAUCGAGACCUCGCCAAGCAAUUUACGGAUUCCAAGGUCCUGACCGUGGAAGAAAUCCUGGAGCAGGAGGGCAAUAUAGGGAAGUGUAAAGAAAUACACGUGCAGGCUGGGUGUCCAGAAGGACAUCGCAGCCAUAUUCUUUUCACGUCUGGGUCAACAGGGAAGCCAAAGCCGAUCGAGAUUCGCGCCGCUAGUAUUCUCCAUGCAAUCAACUACUUUCCUGGACCGACUCUCAAUGACACAGAUCGAAUGACCGCAUUCAUUAACCCUGGAUUUGACCUAUCGCUCCUAGAAGUUUGGAUGCCUCUUCUUCGCGGGGCCGCAGUGGUAAAAGUUCCCAAACUCAUUGCUACCGACCCACUCGCCCUCAAAGGUUUCCUGGACAAGAAUAAAGUAACAGCGAUGGUCGUUCCGGCUGCUAUUUUCAAUGUUAUUGCACAUGUCAUGCCAGACACGUUUUCGGGCCAGCGAAACGUUUUUCUAGGGGGCGAGCGAGCGAAUGCCGCGGCUGUAAAGAAAGUCCUUGAAGGGGGUUCGCCAGAGCAUUUGUGGAAUAUAUACGGACCCACAGAAGCGACCAUCUAUGUCACGAUUCAUCUCAUUGAUUUGGAGGAGUGUGAAUUUGAUGAUAUUAGCAUUGGCAGGCCAGUUGGACACACCAAAAUACAUCUUUUGGACGAAGAAAUGAAGCCUGUCACCGCCAUAAAAGAGCUAGGAGAAAUAUGUGUCUCCGGGCCUCAGCUUUCAAGUGGCUAUUUAAAUAUGCCUGAUGAGUCAAACGAAAAAUUCAUCUACUUAGAUAGCGGCGACCUGGGCGGGGAACCUGGUGAAUCAUUUCGUGUUUAUCGAACAGGUGACCUUGGCCAGUGGAGAGAUUCCACCGGCCUUCUGGAUUAUAUUGGCCGAACAGACAAUCAGAUCAAACGAGAUGGAAAUCGAAUUGAGCUCGGGGAUAUUGAAAGUACCCUAGAGAAACACCCACAGGUUUUCUCAUGCACCGUCAUCCAAAGCACGUCUGAGACUUCUGAUCUUUUGACUGCAUACGUGAUUCCUGAGGAUGCCAGUCGUGGAUGCGAAAAGAACCAAAUCAUUCAAUGGGCCAAAGAGCAACUCCCGCCCUAUAUGAUUCCUGAUACUAUCGAUAUCCGGAAGGAAUUUCCCCUUACGCCGGCUGGCAAAGUUGAUCGAAAGGCAUUGGCAGAGGGAGGGCAGACUCAAAAUCACAACGUGGAGACACGUUCUAGCGAAGAAUCCCAGACCGAACCAACCGGUGGAGAUAACGUAAAAUGGUUGCAAUCAAAAAUCAAAAGCUAUCUUGGUGUCUCGCAUAUCCGUCCCGACGACAAUGUGUUCUCUCUUGGGUUGAGUUCCCUCCAGGCUGCUCGAACCUUCCAGCUUUACUCAAUGUUUCUCCUCGAGACUCCCGAUUCUCACUCGCAGGUGCUGAAGUGGGAGCGUGAUUCCCAUUUGGCUGACGAGAUUGCAGCUCCUGCUGAUUGGAUAUCGGAAGGGGAGGGUCGUAUUUUUCUGACUGGAGCAACUGGUUUCCUGGGUGCUUACUUGUUGAGUUCCCUUUUGGCGAUGCCCUGUGUGAAACAAGUUGCUUGCCUUGCCAGACAUCGUGGGAGCAUGACUGCGAAGGACCGUAUUCGACAGACUCUCGAAAAGUAUGAAUUGUGGGAAAAUUGUUCAGAAAUGAUGGAGAAGGUCAUUGUUCUCGAUGGCGAGCUUGCAGAUGAUGAUCUGGGAAUUGGAAGGGACAAUUUCUACUGGCUCGCUAAUUGGGCAAGUGUUGUGUUUCAUGUUGGGGCUCGUGUCAAUUGGUGUGAACCAUACGAAGCCCAUUAUGAGCCCAACGUCAUCGGAACAAAGAACAUAAUACGACUUGCGGUACAGGGUCGACGAAAGUCCCUCCAGUACGUCUCAUCUAUUGAUGUGUGGAACGUCACUGGCUUCAUCAACAAGACUGAACGCGUUUUUGAAGAUGAACCACUAUCAAGACACGCUGGAUCAUUGCCUUACGACAUGGGUUAUUCUCAAAGUCAGUGGGUAGUGGAAGAGAUGAUUCAAAGAUCCAGGGCGCGUGGGCUUCCAGUUGUCAUUCAUCGGCCAGGGUUUAUCAUUGGGGAUCGCUCUCGAGCUAUCGGCAAUCCUGACGAUUUCUUUGCUCGCAUGAUUGUGGGUUGCAUUCGAUGUGGAAACUUUCCAUAUCUCCCUAGCCAGCGCCUGGAGUGGGUCACAGUGGACUAUGUAUGUUCUGCCAUACUGCACAUAGCAUCCAAGAUGGAUAACCUAGGCCGAUCUUACCAUUUGGUUUCGACAGACCCUACACAGUCGGUAAGCAUGGAACGAACAUGCGAAAUUAUCAAUGAGGCUGGGUUCUCGGUGGAGCAAGUACCUUACAAUGACUGGGUCGAGAAGAUAAAGUCUUCCCCAGGAAAUCCUUUGGAGUCUAUGGUGCCACUUCUACAGGAAUCGGUCCUGGGAAAUAAUAGUCGCAUUCAAACCGGCACGUACAAUCCUAUCUACGAUGCAAAAAAUACUACUCGGGCCUUGAGCGACCGCCCCGACAUCAGGUAUAAGACACUUGAUGCAGACCUCUUACGGAGAUUUGUGGAUUAUUGGAUAAACAGAGGUGACUUUAGUCUUUAA